AUGACAUGCAAUGACGAGCCUACGGACAGCACGACAUUCCAGAAUUUCGAGGCUCUCCACCAGGAGCAGGACAAGCUGGCCGUGCUGGUUCUCGGUGGCUCAAAGUUCAUGGGGAAGGCGUUUGUGGAGAUGAUUCUGCACCAUGCCCGAGUCUGUGUCGUCAAUCGUGGGAAGACGUAUUGGGCAGCGCCAGAUCCCUUUGCUGGCAAAGCCGCUCGCGUUCUCUCAGACAGGGACAAGGGCGACUCCUUCGCAGCACACCUGCGAGAAGCCACUCGACGUUUAGGCACAGAAUGGGACUGCGUUGUGGACUUCUCCGGCUUUUGUGGAGGUGACGUACAUGCCUCGCUGCAGGGGUUGGAUGGCGCAUUCAAGCUAUACAUCUACAUCUCUUCCGAUUCAGUAUACGAGGUUAGCACCUGGGCAUAUGAGAAAUGGAAGCCGAGGAAGCGCUUGGACGGUCGCUCGGGCUAUGAAACGCACGUUUCAGAAGGCCUGGCAGUUCGACCUGCUACCAAGGAGCAGCAGGAGAUUGUGAACAACAAUGAUGGCUACGGGAACGAAAAACUGCAAGGAGAAGAAGUUCUUCUAAAGGAGCUACCGGCCGGCUGCAAAUGCUUUAUUCUGAGGCUGCCUGAUGUCAUCGGUCCCUGCGACUCUACGCAUCGGCUUUGGGCAUACUGGCAUUGGCUGCGUGCCGGUGAACUUGGUGCGCCUCCACCGCAGGUUCAAAGCUACAAGCGCAAAAGGAAAAGCUGGGAUGCGAACGGAGACGAGAUCGCACAGGCACCCGGCGAUGCAAAGCUGGCUCUUGUGUACAGCUUGGAUGUUGCAAAGUUUCUGCUGCGCUUGGUUACAGAUCAACCCACCAAAGCCGUGGACAUCGUAAACUUGUGUUGUGAAGAGCAGCUACAACUCAGCGAGUUUCUUGAACAAUUAUUUGCCGCUUCUGGGGGCAACCGCAAGCGGCCGCGACUUGCCCCAGACAGGAAUCCGAAGGUGUAUCUUCCCAGCGUCGAUAGACUCUGGCCCCUCAGUUGUGAACGGGCUCGAGAGGUGUAUGGUUUCCGGCCGACACCGUUGGAGGAAGUCCUCACGCGAUGUGUCGAGUUCUUCGAGACAGGUUGCGCGAAGUUCCCCGAUGAAGCAAGAAAAGCAGCAGUGAAGCUGCCGUCAGAACCAGCCGCCACAGCUAUUAAGAUUUUGGGUUAUGCAAGCAAUCUGUAG